CAGCCAUUUUGUCAACUUCUUCUCUCGUUGCUUGCAAUCCUCGUGUUAUCUUCUUUUCGUCAGUUGAUUUGUCACUCGACCCUUCGUUAUGUCAAAAUUUGGCGACAGCGAAGCGGAGGAAGACUCCUUAGAUGAAAGUUUGUCAGAGAAAAGUGACGACGAUGAAGAUGAAGACGAAGAAGAAGGAGAAGAAGAGGAACAGGCAGAUGAUGAGAACGACAUCAUAAACGAUGAAGUUGAAGAAAGCGCUGGAGAAGAAGAGCAGGGUCAUCACGGACACCAUCAUAGGAAACGAAGGAAAGGUAGAAAAGCAAAUUAAAUUAACGAAUAAGAAUUCGUCAGCUUUCUUUUAAAGGAAGGUUUUCGGCGUAUUCGAAGUUUCUCUUCAUGUUUUCUAGCAGAUGAGGCAGAGGAGCUCGAUGAGGAAGAUUUGUCUUUGAUCGAGGAGAAUCUUGGCAUCAGUAUUAAGCGGGUAAGAAUACCACAGCUUAGUUUUUUAACCAUCUCUCUCCUGAGAAGUGAAAAAUUCAAUUAAUUAAUUUACCUGUUCAAUAGCUAAACACUGUAAGCUUCCUUUAUUUGUUUGUCAUCCGACGAUCAUUGAUUCGAUGAAAAUAAUCAAUUUUGUGUUCGAUUUAAUCACUUCUCUUUUGACCUUUUGGAUAUUUUUUAAGCAGUAAAUAUUUCGUUGUGGUGUUUGAUUGAUUGUGAAAUGAAAUAUUUGUUUCAUUUUUUAGAAAAAGCCUCGUUUGAAAAAAAUAAAAGUGCUCGAUUCUGAUGAAGAAGAGGAAGAUCAGUUGGCUGGAAAUGCUGCCGUGAAAGAGCGAGAAGCGAUUGCAAACCAGCUGUUUGAGGGUGGUGAUGAUGGUGGGGAGGUACUUAUGCUUGGAGACAUCUGUUUCUAGUUUAUUUGAUUUUAAUUGUAUUUGGGUACUAUUCAAUUUUAAUGAUAGUUUAUGAUAUUACUGAUGCAAAGAGCUCUCCCAACUGAAAAAAGAGGUCUUUUUGUUGGUAUUGAUGUUAAAACAGGUUUAACCACAGGCAUGUGUUUUCCCACCUGUUUUGAUUCAUCUUGUGUUAAAAUGGUACCCCUUAGCAGAUGGAUUUCAUGUUACUAUGUACCUGUUCGGCAAUAGAUCACAGAUGAUGUAUAAAUGUAGUAAGGGCGUAAAAGUGAUGCAAAAGGCCCAGCUGAGUUUGUCAGUACCCUUACUUACCACUUGGUUAUGGAGCUAGGAUUAGCUGAGGCAGGCAGACCAGUGGGCUGUUCAGCCUUAACCUAAGAUGCCUCUUUAUUUAAGGGAGAAUGCUCAUAGGCCACUCUGUAUUUUUAUUACAAUGGGAAGUAAUGUUGCAAUAUGAUUGGCCAAUUUGUUGUUGUCAAUAAGAGUACAGACAAUGCUGUGUCAGGUGAUGCCUUUGUCAGCUGUCAAACACAGAUGACUUGGAAAUUUUGACAUCGAUAUUGUGGUAAAAAAGCAAAUCAACAGUGGUUUAGCAUGGUCUGCCCUCUUAUUAACAACCAUAUUUGACAUCACUAUGGUCAAAAAUUUGUUGCAGAGUAAUGAUGAAUAUCGUCAUUGAUAAGAAUACAGACCAUGCUGAACUACUGUUGAUUUGUUUAAAUAUAAUAUUGUGAGGAUUAUUGAGUCUACUUUUGGGUUUGUUCCCAUGAUAAAUUAUCUUGCUACACUCCUCUUUGUAGGUUGCAGCAGAACCAGCUGAGGCUCCAGGAGAUGACACAUAUGCCGACAUUGAUGAAUCUGAAUCAGAAGAAGGUAAUAUUUAAGGCUUGUAUUAGCUUUGCUUGACUUUGCAAUAAGAUUGGUGUGGAAAUUAAGAUUGUGUGGUAUUAUAAUGCUUUCAUUAAGAAACAGAGUACAGUGUACCUUACUGGAGAAUAGUUUAACCAUUUACACCCUGAUAUCAGUAUCUAUAUUCUCUGUACUCUCCUCUAUACACUUCUUUUGGUACUGAAAAGGAGAAAUCAUUUAGUAAUCAAAGCUUCUUGGGUUGGUGAUUGUUCUCUGUCUUCUCAUAAUGUGGAUAGAUGAUAUAACAGUAGUAUUAUGAGGAGAACUUAGAUGGUGAUCACUCUUAGGGUUUAAAGGGUUAAAGGAACAGAAGAUUACCCUCUAUAUCUGAAUUAAAAUUAGCUCAGGCUGUCAAAGUGUAGUUGGAGAAUUCUCCCACCAACGAAUGCCUUGUAUCGACAUGUUUGUCAGUGAUCAGUGUUGAAAAGGAGUUUGAGUGGCUCUCAGAGGAACAGAGACAAUGAGCUAGUGAAUGUGGAUUGACUUUUAUACAAAGGGGUAACCAUGACAAAAAGGGUCACCUUACUUUGACAGCUGUUUCACUGAUCACCUGUGGUAGAACACAAGACCUUUUAGGAGCCAAGAGGCAGGUCAGAAAAGACAAAUGGAGGUGGGGGGGGGGGUAGAGGAAUUGACAUGGCACUGACCCAAAUGCAUGUACCCAAGGUGGUCUUUAACUGAAAAACAAAAAGCUAACUUAGACAAUAGACAGUCACCCUGAACAUUGUUGUAUGUUGCAUGAGUUGUAUUUGUAAGCAGAACAAUAUUUUCAAAUCAUAACAACAGAUUUAUGGUUCCACAAGGACCCAUUAUUUAUCUUGUUAAAAUAUUGUUAACAAAACCCAUUGUUUUAUUUCAAAUCUUAGAUGUGGAUGAUUUUAUUGUGGAUGAUGAAGGGAAUCCUAUUAACAGGCAUACUAAGAAAAAGAGAAGAAUUCCUGGAACAUUACAAGAUUCGUAAGUAUUUUGAAAAUAUUGAUGUAUCCAAGUGCUACCAUCUGAUUUAAAGGUAUUCACUGUUGGCCAAAAUUAUUUUGUCAGCAGUUAGGGGUGAGAAAGUUUUGAAAAAUAUAUUUAUAUGCAUUUUUUUAGAUGUGAUAAUGCAAGAUCAUGAGCAACAGAGAAACUAAAUAUCAAGAUUACACAAGAUAAACUGAUUAUUAAUAAUUUCCAUUUCUAUUGCUAUCACUCUGAGCUCAUUGAUGUUAUUAAAUCUUUUUUUUUUCUUUUACAGUGCUUUGAUGGAGGCACAAGAUAUUUUUGGUCUUGACUUUGACUUUGAUGAAUUUGAGAAAUACGGAAGGGAUGACUUCUCGUCUGAAGAAGAAGAAGAAGAUUAUGAAGAUGACACUGAGGAUGGUGCACCAAGAAGGCCAAAAAAGAAAUCAACAAAGAAGUCUAUUUAUGAGGUGAGCGACUCAAUUGCUCGGCUAGGUUGUGUUUGGAAAAACUGAAGUACAUGUACAUGGUUUGGACCCAAGAGUAACAUUUGAUUGUGCAGUCUUACUGUGUUGGAAGAGUUGUCCUCAUUAGGUCUGUUGUUGGUAAUAAUAAAUGAUGUUUGGACAUCUUAAAGGGAAGUUAUCAUCGGAGAUCAAUUUUUUUUUUUUUUUUUUUUUUUUUAGUUCUUCUCAGGUCCUGAGGUUUUCAGCAUUUGUCAGCACUCUGGUGCAUGGCUAAUGUUCAAAAUGUCAGCUUUAGAAACCCUUUACAGUGGUAGAUUUGCAUUAGUAACUCAGUAAGUAAAACCCAAUUCUUUAAAAAACUAAGGGAUGAAAAAAAUGUUGAUGUCUUUUUUUGUAGGUGUUUGAACCUAGUGAGCUUGAAAAAGGAAUGUUGACCAACAAAGACAAUGAAAUCAGAACUGCAGAUGUGCCUGAAAGAUUUCAGGUAAAAUAACGGAAAGGAAGGAUGUAUUUGGAUAACUCUUUUUUUGACAUGUGUUUUCAUUUUGUUGAGUGUGAUGGUCACUAACUUUUUGUGGGUCCCUUUCUGCUCAGGUACGUGAUUUUGCUGUGAAGUCGACAGAGGAUGGGGAGCUGGAUGAUGAAGCAGAUUGGAUUUAUAAACAUGCUUUCCUGGAUCUGCCUAUAUCUCAGCAACAGGUUUGAAUUUGGAACUGUAAUUUCAGGAAACCUCUAGAUUUUGUGAUAAACCCUCAGUCUCUAAAUUGCAAAGAAGGUAACUACAAACACUAUCCUAAAAAUGCAAAGAGUGCUGAACAUUGACUUUUUUUUUAAAACCCUUUAACUCCCAGAUCUAAUUUUUAAUUCUCCUUACUCUCAACCAUAUAAUUCUUAUAAUGUUAGUUCAGAGAAUUUAGAAUUGGAUCAACUAAUUAUCUCCAAAUUGAUAUUUUUCUUUACUCUCAUCACUUAUCUAGUUGAUAUUGUAUUGAUAUUGUAAGGAGAAAUUCUUUCUUGGUCACUCAUGGGAGUUAAAGGAUGAAGAACAUGCAUCAUAAAUGCUCCUGAGAAAUGUGGAGGAGAAGAUCAAGAAAAAGGGGAAAUAUUAUAUUAGGAGAACGUUUCAACUCUUUUAAUAUUGGUUUUUUACUUUGGGUAAAUACAGUAAUGUCAAGUAAAGCAUGAUCACUAUAUCUUUUAGGAUCCUCUGGAUGGUGAUGCCCACUCUCAUGCUAAAACCCCUAAACCGUACAGUGCUGUUGCUAAGAUUAGAGAGGCAUUAAACCUGAUGAGGAACCAUCUAUAUGAGGUAACUGGUUUUAUGACAAAUUUUGAGUUUUCUCAUCACCUGUUUGUUGGAGAAUGUGGGGAUAUUGUAGAGAGAAGUUAUGCAUUAAUCACUUCUGUUGAUUGUUGUUUUAGGUUCCAUUCAUAGCAAGCUACAGAAAAGAAUACAUUGAGCCUGAACUGAACAUCGAAGACCUGUGGAAGAUUUGGGAAUAUGAUGAAAAGGUAUUUACAUUUGGACAUGGGGAACAAGUCUCUGGGUUAAAUUUCACCAUGAGUAUUACUUCCAAGAAAGUUCCACAAGCCAUUGAUACCAGUUAAAAAUUUUGUGACUUUUUUCGAAACAAAUUUUUUUCACAGCAACAAUGAUUUUCCAAAAACUACUCAACAGUGUAUGCAACACUGUUGCUACUGCAACUCAGUUAACCCGUCACACCCUAACAUCAACAUGCAUAUUCUCUAAACUGUUCUCUAGACAUUUCCUAUCUUGCUGACAAGGAGAAUUUCUUUAACAAUCAAGAGCUUCUUCAGUUGGUGAUCAUUUCCUUUAUUCUCAUGACCUUAAUGUGUGAUUCAGAGGUGCUAUUGUAAGGAGAAAUUAGAUGCUAGUUACUCACAAGGGUCAAAGGGUUGACAAAAAUUGGCUUCUCUACUUUUUCAAAACUACACCUCUGGUUUCCUCUUUUGUCCUUUUUUUUUUCUCCUGUGUGGUACCUAGACACAUUUAUCUUUAAUUGUUAUUGAUGAUCAUAAUAUGAUAUCAUAAUUAUUCCUACAUCUAUAUUUUGUUGAUGUUACUCUGUUUAUUGUUAGUGGAGCCAGCUGCGUACUCGCAAGGAAAACCUCCAUCGUCUGUUUGAAGAAAUGCAGAAUUACCAAUUCAACAAAAUCCAGGAGAGUGGCGAUGAACCACUUGAUGACGAUACAAGGAUCUUACAACCCGAAGAUGUUGACAGGUACAUGUGAUAGCAUUCUUUUAACCCUUUACACCCCAACAUCAGCAUGCAUAUUCUCCAUACUGUUCUUUAUACAUUUCCUUGGAAGUUGAUAAGGAGAAUUUGUUUGCCAAUCAGAAGGUUCCUUCCCUGGUGACUAUUUCCGUAAUUCUCGUAACCUUAAUGUGCAAUUCAGGAGAGAUAUUGUAGGGAGAAAUCAGAUGUUUGUCACUCUUAGGGGUUUAAAGGGUUAAACAAUGGUAAUGAAGAAAAUGUUAGUGAUUUUAAAUAAUAAUAAUGGUGACAAUAAGGUAUUAAUAGUAAGGUUAGUGAUAAUAAUAGUAAUACAAUAGAAACAAUUUCCUUUGAAUUUUUUUUCAUACAUACACUUAAAUUUUUCACCCUCAAUGGGGCUACAAGCCCUACUUUUGUCAGAGACAAAAAAGGACUUGUUGUUCAAAAAUUAUGUAUCAUUGCUUUUUUUGUCAUAUUUUUGGACCAUUUUAAACAAAUUAAGUAAUAAUAAAAACUUACAGUUUGCUGUAUAAUCUUAGAACACUGGUUACCAAAUUGGCAACUUUUGCGGCAAAUUUAGUCACCAAAAUGUUUUCCAGUGGAUACACUGACCAAAGUGAUUGCAGCUUGAAGUGCUUUUUGGUAGUUUAACCUCUUUCUAACUCAAACCUCCUGAACCUCCUUCUACUCAAACUGCAAAGAUCUGAGUGGAAAAUUCUCUCCUGUAGUGGCCCAUGAUUCCUUGUCAUUAGCUUAACCCUUAAACUCUCAUAAGUGACUAAGAUAGAAUUUCUCCUAACAAUAUCAAUACAAUAUCAACCAGAUAAGGAUGAGAAUAAGGAAAAAUAUCAAUUUGGGAAUAAUUAGUUGAUCCAAUACUAAAUUAUCAGAACUAACAUUAUCAGAAUUGUAUGGUUGACAGUAAGGAGAAUUACAAAUUUGAUCUGGGAGUUAAAGGGUUAAGAGGUUAGCAGAGAGGGGUUCUCAAUUGUUUUUCACCCACAAAUUUUGACAAAUUCAUGGGUGACUUGUACUUUUAAUAGUACUUAAGGCAUUGCAAAUCUAAAGAGGAAAAAUUUUAAAUCUCAUGUAACCUUGCCUUUCUGUAAAAUCCACAAAUUGCAAAUUCAUUUUGGGCUUAAUCGCACACCAGGUAGAAAUCUUUUGCCACCCUCCUUCAUGAAUGCAUGGUAACUUAGGAGUGUUGACAUGGAUGAGCUUUGUGUUUUGUAGACUUGAUGGAGUUGAAACUAUGGAACAGCUGAAAGAUGUGUACAGCCAUUUUAUGUUAUACUACAAAAAUGACAUCCCAGCCAUGUGGGAGGCUAAGAGGAAAAAGAAAGAAUCUGAAGAGGGUAAAGAGGGUGACGGAGAAUCGAAAACCACACUACCAAAGAAGAAAAUGCCUGCUAAACGCGAUCUCUAUGCCAUAUGUAAACAAGCAGGUAAAAGCAUGAAUAAAAAUUAUCACUACUGAUAAAUAAAUACCUUGCACUAAGUUUGAAGUCUGUACAGUAAGAUAUGGUUUUCUUCUCGGAUUUACGACCCAAGCGCAAAGGGUGCAAGCCACAAAUCCAAGCAAGAAAAUUGCUAAAAAUCAAUUACAAAAGAAGCUCUUGACUGUUUGAGAAAAUUUUCUGUCAGAACCCAUAGAAAUGUACAGAGAACAGUAUGGAGCAUAUGCAUGUUGAUGUUAGGGUGUAAAGAGUUAAGAGUUCUUAUACUGGCGGUGGCAAACAAAAUGGUCACUGCUUGUUGGUGCAGACAAUAUUGUUGUCUUCAUGUUUUCAUUGUAUUUCAUUGAUUAUUAGCUACAUUGUGUUGUUUAUUUUGUGAAAUGAACCUUCAGUCUAUCUCCUUCAAUGUUACACGUCUUUGAUUUUUCAAGGUGUUAGUGGUUUGGCAAGGAAAUUUGGUUUGACACCAGAUCAGUUGGGAGAGAACUUGCGAGACAACUACCAGCGCCAUGAGACAGAACAGCAUCCUGUUGAACCAGAUGAUGCAGCUGAGAAUUACCUCAGUAGGUAUGUGGAGUGUUGUAAUUACAGUGGGGCUUGCAGAGUGUGAAGCGUACGCAGCGUAGCCCCAUGCUUACAAAAAUUAGUAGUAAUGAGACAGUGACAGACCAAGAAGGAAGAAGAAGGAGAUACAGAUAGAGAAGAUUAACUCAUUAACUCCUGGAAGUGAUGAACAUGUAACUUCUCCCUUUAAUAUCCAUACAUUAUCCAGCAAACAGGUGUUGAGAAUACUGAAACUUAUCAGGUAGAAGUUGUUGUCUUGAUUUUACAGAAAAUUCUUGUAACCACAUGAACUUUACAAGGAAACAUCUAGCAGCUAGAGGGGAUAAUUAACAUUCAGAUCUUGGGAGUUAAAACGGUUGGUAGUUUGUUUGAAAGAAAAUGAAGACUCAACAGUUCAAGAUGUACAAACUAUGUCAUGACUCUCUGAAAGAAUUCUUGUGUAGUUAAAAAAUAGGAAAAUUAUUUCGGGAGAAUCCUCUUAUACUUGUAACAUGUUACAUUGAAAAAGUGGACAAAUGUCAAUUGGUGGGAAAAUUUAAAGCUUACUUUCAAUUUGUACCAUUAUUCAAACUUGCUACUUCUCCCGUCACAAGGGCACAGUGUAUUUUGAUUGUUUUAAAAACCAACACCAACGAAAGUUGUUACAGCAGCCAAUCACAAAGGAUGAGUUACAGUAACUAACUAACUUAGUUUAAAUUAAAGGGAAAAUAAGUAAAAUUCCUGAAAUACAAGAAACACUUGUGGAAAACUCGUGUUUGAUUUUAGUUUUGCAUGUAACUGGUUAGGUGGGUGGCAUACAGUGUAGGUUUUCUAGUUCCGCUGGAGACUGAAAUCGACCAAACUAGAGUAAUCAGUAUUGUUUUUAUGUUAAACGGUUAUUGAAAAUUUCUUUUGGACAGAUACAUGUCUUGGUUUGCGUAGAGUGCUAUGAAAUAUAGCUUUUUGAAUUUUGGUGUCUUUCAGUACAUUUUCAACUGUUGAUCAAGUCUUAGAGGCUGCUCGGCAUAUGGUGGCAAUGCAAAUUGCACGGGAUCCUCUUGUUCGGCAAUGUGUAAGGCAGACAUUCUAUGAAAGAGCCAAACUCAAGAUCAGGCCCACCAAGAAAGGAAAGAAGGUGGUGAAAUUUUUGUCAUAUUUUGAUGAUUUUGAAGUUAAAGGCCCUUGUUAAAGAAUGCAGACAAACGAAAUAAUCCUUUCAAUGUUUGAUAUUGUUGCCUUCACUUUUUUCUUGCAGGAGAUUGACGAGUCUCAUCUCUGCAGCACAUUCAAAUACAUAAAAAACAAGCCGGUCAAGGAGCUGAAAGGAGAUCAGUUUCUCCGAAUGUGUAAAGCUGAGGAGGAUGGACUUCUUACAAUAAACAUUGAAAUCGACCUGGACAAAAACGCAGGGUACCCAACAAAUUAUUUUGAUUGACGAAGUGGUUUUCUGUAUUUAAGUUUUUCUAAGUCCUCAUGUUUUUUUAUUGUUUUUUUUUUCGUAACUUCAGAUACCAAACCUAUUUUGAUGAAGUGAAACAGUUGUAUUACAGGGUGAGUUUGUUCGUUUGUUUGUUUUUUAUUUGGAACACUUGAACGCUCCCCCUUGAGGAAUCUGAGUUCUUCAUGGGGACUCGGAAAUUUUUUUUGCCCUAUCAAGAAACAUAUCCCUUUAAGAGACUUAUCAUUUAACUGUUUUUAAUUCCCAACUAAAAUUGCGCAUAAUUGUCACAAUACAUCCUGCAUUAUUUGAGAAUUGCAUCAACCGCAUAAGACGCAAGUUAAAGAUGAAAACAACACGAAUAAAACCAAUUGAGUGCCCUUUUGUGACCAAAAUAAAAAGAGAGCGAGAAUUAGUUCUCAUUUUACCCUCUCACUCCCAAGAUCUCAUUAGUAAUUCUCCUUACUGUCUGCCAUACAAUUCGUAUUAUGUUAGUUCAGAGAGUUUGGUAUUAGAUCAACUGACAAAAGGAAGGGAGCAAGUUAAAGUUUUGAUUGUUUGUUCUAACCAUAUUAUUGCUGCGUGAUCCGUCAGUAUCUUGUCCUGCAUGACAGUGUCUUGCUGGCUCAUGUUUUGUUGCGUUCUUGCCCGAAUAUGGUGAACUGGCUUUAUGGUGAAACAACACGUUUAGUUGACUUUGGAUGAGCUGUCUUGUGUAAGCCACUUCUAAUUGGAACGUAGUCAAGGCAACCACUGUGAAAAUAUCUUUCCAUCUUUUUUUUUUGUAGGAUGAAUUUAGCCAUCUAGUGCAGGAGUGGAACACACAGAGAACAAAUGCGUUGUCACGAGCCUUUAAUCAGAUGCUAUAUCCACUCUUUGAAAAAGAACUCAAACUCAAGCUCCUUCAGGAAGCCAAGAAUUUUGUUAUCAAGGUCAGAUCACUGUCGGGUGAAAGGCUUACUGCUGGAGCGAUAAUUUGACUUGCCGCUGACACAUGUUACAUUUCUUUUUGACAUUGUUAAUGGCCCUCCGCCUUUGCAAGCUUUAAGGCAAGAAUUGGGAGGGGGAAGGGGGAGGGGAAGAGAGGGGGGGUGGGGCUGGGAUGGGAGUUUUACACAAGGAUCCUACCGGUAUUUGAGGAAAAGUCAAUCUUUUGUAAUUACAUCCGUAAAUCACUUUCUGGAGACGGAGGUGAAGGAUUGCACCAUUUAACCUCUUUUGCAAUCAAGCAUAGAGAGAGCGAUGUACGCGAUGAGAUGUGCAUCACCACAGCUCUUUUAGGAAUCUUCGCUGUAACUGUACAUGUGUAUAUCCAAAGCAAGCUAAGAAAACCAAGCGAAAGGAUGCGGCAGUGCCCCUGCAACUUACCUUGGGUCCCCCGCUUCUUAUCGGUGAAACUGCUGCGUAGACUGGGUAUUAAUCUCCCCUAAAUUGCAUCUAGCGUUAUUUUAACUUACUUUGUUUUGCUGUAAACUGCGUUUAGUCUUAUGUGUAUCAUGCUACGUCCACAGUCAUGCUGCCGGCGGCUGAGGUCAUGGAUUGAAGUUGCUCCAUACCAACCCGAGCAGCAUAUAGACGAAAGGGAUUAUGAUGACAGCUCUAAUACCGAAGGUCUCCGGGUGCUAGCGUGUUCCUUCUCCAACAGUCCAGAUACACCGGCCUUCUUGGCCAUGCUGGACGGAGGCGGCCAGGUCAAUGAUUACCUCAGACUGAAGUACCUGCUGAACAGACGGAAUACAAACAGACCUAAAGAACGAGAAGACAAGGUUAGUGGCAUUUUAUGUAGUUCUUAACCCUCAAAAUCCCAGAUCAAAUUUGUAAUUCUCCUUACUGACAACCAUACAAUUCGUAUAAUGUUAGUUCAAAGAAUUUAUUAUUGGACCAACUAAUUAUCCCGAAAUUGAUUUUUUCUUUAUUCUCAUCACUUAUCUGGUUGAUAUUGUAUUGAUAUUGUGGGGAGAAAUUCUGUCUUGGUCACUGAUGGGAGUUAAAGGGUUGAAGCAUUAUAAUCCUUUAUUUUAUGCUUUCUUCUACAAUUUUACGCAUCUCUAGAAACUAAACUAAAAACUUUUCAAGUUCUUCACUUUUAGUCCCUGUAUACUUUUUGAAAUCACUGGUAAUCCUUGCAAUCCAAUUUGCCCGUAGCAAAGCGAUUUAUUCUCGAGCCGCGCCUUUUUUUUAGCCCUGAAUUGCACCCUCUUCUCGGCAAUCGCUGAUUAAGAUUGUAUCACUGAAGCAAAACAGCAAAUAAGAUUUUAAACACUUGUUUUAAGUAAUCACUAAAAUUAGAGGGAAAAGAAAGACAAAAAGCCUCUGUAAUGUGAAUUUGUAACUUGAACACAACAAGCGAAGUAUUAAUGGCAGCCAAAUUCAUCUAAGUAGCUGGCUUUUUUACCCUCAUUAUUUGGUUGUGUCGAUGAAUUCCUGCUUCUUAGCAUUAAAUGUCCUCUCUUUUUAUCCUUAUAGUGUUUCUCCUUGGUUUGAAUGGUGUGGCUGUCUUACCUGAUUCCUUUUUUAUCUCAACAGGAAAAGGAUAUGCAAAGAUUAAAGCAGUUUAUCCUCAAGAAGCGGCCUCAGGUUGUAGUUGUUGCUGCAGAAUUUCGCGCGACUGUAUCGGUGAUAGAUGAUAUCAAAAUGUGCAUAGCAGAGCUGGAGCAGGAGAACCAAAUACCGACCAUCUCUGUUGAAGCUCUGGAUGGUGAAGUGGCCCGCGUGUUUAUGUCUUCGCCUCGAGCGGAGGUAUGUGUGACGGAAAUAAAAAGUGAAAUAACUCACACUGAACACAUCAGCCAAUCAAAAGAAAAGAAUAUGGGAAUAUUAUCUUUAUAUUAUAUUGUAUUUUCGCCUUUACCCGCAGCCUCUAUCUCCAAAUCAAACAUGGCCGGUUAAAUAAACGAUCGCGAGCUUCUCAACGUGAACUCUACCUAAUAAGACGCCCGCACUACUGGCUAGGUUGUUUCAGUAUGAUUUCUUGGUUUUUUUUCUUGACCGGGGGAGGGGGUGUGCGCAUAUACACCACAUUACCUCCCUUAGAUAAGUCCUUGGUCUUACCUCUCGUGUUCUUAUUGAUGUUACUGUUGUUUCAGAAUGAGUUCCGCGAGUACCCAGCCCUCCUGCGUCACGCAGUGUCUCUCGGGCGCAGGAUUCAGGACCCGUUGACAGAGUUUGCUGCGUUGUGUGUGGAGGAAGAUGAACUGCUCUGUUUACGGCUGCAUCCGUACCAGGUAAAGUUGUCAUUUUGCAACCAUAGUAUAAUAAUAUAAAUAAUAUGGUGAUGGUGAUCAGUAAGGCAAAUUUCAACAAGGUAAUUUGGUAUUAUCAACUGAGUUGAUAACGUAAAUUGGCCACCGGGUUUCCGACCACCGUUAAGAGUUUCAAAGCUGACUUUUCGAGCGUUAGCCUUUCGUCAGAGUUAAGGGCUAACACUUGUCAGAGCAAAGGGCUAACGCUUGAAACGUUAGCUUCAAGACUUUUAACGGUGGUCAAUUUACGUUUUUCUUUAACUCAGUUGAUGAUACCGAAUGACCUUGUUAAAACUCUCCCACCGACGCAGCACCACAGCUUCUUAAGGAAACUAACCCCCUUUAUUCAUCAGCCAAAUUUCGUUACGUUUCAGGACCAAGUACCGAAAGAGCAGCUUGUAAAGAGUCUUCAUCAGGAAUUCGUGACGGUUGUAAAUGAAGUAGGGGUUGACCCCAAUCGCUUGUUGGAGCAUCCCCAUACAGUGUCGCUGCUACAGUUUGUGUGUGGACUGGGACCUAGGAAAGCGUCUUCCUUACUAAAGGUAAUUUUAACAAUCGGUAAGAGAUUUUAGCGCAGAAAAUGCAAUAAAUUCUCUUACCUGGUGAACGUCUUACUCAUUUUACUUGUGAGAAGUCAGAGUGAAGUGCUAAGUCUCCUGAGGAAAUUCCCAAAAGAAGUUUUUUCUGAGCCACAGUUUGCGACAUGGAAAACUUACUUCGAUUUGAAAGAGAGUUCACAAUAUUAGUUUUGUAAGAUAGAAAAACACAAAAGAUGCAAUGAUAAACAAAGAGGGAACAAGGAUGGCGAACGAUUGGAUAGAUUAAAACGGAUCACGUUGCUCCUGUUAUAAUGGAAGAACAAUGGCAAUAAAAUUAUAUAACUUACUUUUUCAGAGUCUACGUCAGCAGUGCACCCGACUCGAGAACCGCUCUCAGCUUGUGACCGUGUGUGGCCUGGCUCCUCAGGUGUUUCUCAACUGCGCAGGUUUUAUUAAGAUUGAUACUGCGGCCAUUAGCGACACAACCACGAACUAUAUUGAGGUUCUCGACGGUUCACGAGUUCAUCCGGAAACUUACGAGUGGGCCAAGAAAAUGGCCGUCGACGCACUCGAGUACGACGAGGCAACGAUGGAAUCGAACCCGUCGUCGGCCUUAGAAGAGAUUCUGGAAGCCCCUGACAGAUUAAAAGACCUGGAUUUGGAUGCGUUCGCGGAAGAACUGGAACGGCAAGGUUACGGAAACAAGCGCAUUACACUGUACGACAUCAGAGACGAGCUAUUCGGACAGUACCGUGAGCGUCGCUCUCCUUACCGAUCUCUGACGGUGGAGGAAAGCUUCCGACUGAUGACGGGUGAGACCAGCGAGUCUUUGUACGUCGGCAAGAUGGUGGUGUGCACCGUAACUGGUUUUGCGAAUAGGAAACCUCCCCGUGAUAUGAUCGAUCAGGCCCAGCCUGUUAGAAAUGAUGAGACUGGUCAGUGGCAGUGCCCGUUCUGUUUGCAAGAUGCGUUCCCUGAUCUCAGCGAGGUGAGGGUGCAGCGUUAGUUAUCUGAGCAUGGUCGUUCAUGGUAGUGAAAGGGUAGAUUGAAAGCAGAACUACAAAGAGGAGUCAACUAAAGUGAUAAUUUGGAAACAUCUUAACAGUGAAUUUCUACGCAAAUUCAGUACCGCUAUUCUUUUAGGUUUGGACCCACCUUGAUAAUGGCAGUUGUGCCGGGCAGGCCAUUGGUGUUCGCACCAGACUGGAAAAUGGCUUAUCUGGAUUCCUUCCUACCAAGAUGAUAAGUGAUAAGACCAUUAGCAGUCCUCACGACAGAGUCAAGGUAAUGCCCACUUUUCCUACUUAACUGUUUUUCGAUUGUUUAUAGCUCUGUUGCUCAAAGCAAAGCGCUUAAAAUAACAAGAAAAGAUCAAGGCCCAGUUGUAUGAAGGGCGAAUAACGCUAUCCAACGGAUAAAUCGCUAUCCAGUGGAUAGGUAAUAGCAAAAUGUACAGCAUUGUCCACCGGAUAGAGAUUUAUUUAGUAAAUAGCGUUAUCCGACCUUCGAACAACUGGGGUCAGUUCCAUACCAAUUCCAGAUGAUUUUAUGUGCGUACCGUUAGGUUGGGAUGACCCUCCACUGUCGUGUGACUCGUGUCAACAUGGAGAGAUUUCAAUUGGACCUCACGUGUCGCUCGUCAGAUCUCGCAGAUAAAGAAGGAAAGUUCAGGUCAGUGAAAGCCCUGACAAUCACUUAUAUUCUUGCCAAGGCUGUGCCCAAGCCUGCCCAUGAGGCAGCUUUAACAAAGACCUGCAAAAGACAUAGACUUCGUACCUCAUUGUAUGAAUAGAUCGAAUAUAACUGAUGCUCUUGUCUAAACAUUGAUUAAAUUCGCGCGGGCGAAUCUCUGUAUUCUUUCUUUGCCUGUUCCAAGUCCAAAUCAUGGUUGUUUGAUCUGCUCUUGCAGUCUUCCUAAAGAUUUGUAUUACGAUCAAGACACAGCAGAUAAAGAUAGGAAGGACGAGGAAGCGGCCAAAAAGAAAGCAAACAGGCCAAGUGAGUUCUGUUCAGGCUCUCUAAUCGCCCAUAUAGAUGUACAUACACAAUCAACGAAACCCUCUUUAAAAUAUCGACCGAAAUGCCCUGCGUAAUGUAUGUUUGGAAAACUGUGUCGAGCAUACGAGGUCAAGGCUUGCUUUAAACUUCCCUCAAGAAAAAAAGCUGAAAAGCGUCUGCGCAUGUUACAAAUGUUCGAGUAAAAUAGUGGAAUUUUGAGAAAUUGGAAGGCCGGCGUGGUGUUGUGCCCAGGUGAAGGUGGAGGUAGAAAGCUUAGGCUUAUAACUUUUGUUACAGACCGUCUUUUAACAGGUGCACAAGAUACUUUUUUGUGCAUCAUAGCUUCAUUCUUGAACACUUACCAACAUUUAGCCCAAAACUAUUGUGUAGCAAGGUUAGGAAAUGGAAUUAUGGACUCUAGAUACAAACACUAAAGAAGUCGGCAAAAGAAGGUCAACUUUUGUAGUUGUCUAGUCAGUGAGGGUGGAUUUUUCUCUUGUGUUAAAUUUCAGAAUACGUCAAACGUGUGAUUGUACAUCCAGCAUUUAAAAACAUCUCAUUCAAGGAAGCUGAGAGGCUGUUAGCCGAUAUGGAUCAAGGGGAGUGUAUUGUGAGACCCAGCAGUAAGGUGAGUGACCCAGCAGUUAUGUGUAUGAGGGCCUCUUCACCCUUUACAUGGAGGUGGGAAACCCUUGGUUGGUGAGGCAAUCCGCCUUGCCGAGGUCAAAAAAUAAUCUGCGUUUACAUACAAUCUUACGACCUCGGGAUUCCGGGGUGAGGUUUUUCGCACGCUUGCACAUAGGCGGGUUACUCCACCUGGAGACGUUUACAUGGCAAAUUGCGACCCCGGCUGACGGAUUACCCUACCUGGCAGACUAAGCAACCUGCCUAGUUGGUUUACCCCAACAAUUACGUAAACGUGAUCAAGAUAAAAUAAGAGAUUAAAAGGACAGGCGGGUUUUCCUACUUACAUGGGGUCCUUUAUCCCCAUGUAAACAGGCCCUAACUGUCAUAGAUACCCUAGCGAAUAAGUGUCUUUAAACCAAACCUCCAGUAAUAGAACGGCCGACAUGAACAAAGAAUCAACAAAACACAACCAAAAAAAGCAGGAUUAGCCAAUGAGAACUCGUAGUAAACAUGUGUCGCCGGCUUCAAGCGCGGGAAUAAUCCGGUGACUAUGUCGGGAUUUAGUUUAGUUUAACAUCUCAUUGGUCGAGAAGGUGGCAGAAGUUUUCAAAUGCCAAUUACAAAGGGAAGUAUAGCAAAACUAAUUAGUAAAACUCAUACAGUCCCAGUGUACUUUGGACAUUUAAUGGAAAAUUUCUCACAACCCCAAGUCGAGAAAACAACACCCAUUAAAUGAGGGGAGACAUUUAAAGAAAAACGAAGAAUUCUGUUUGGUAUUUGCGGUGAUCAGAUGAGUUUAGUUCAAUACGCGAAUAUGGUGAGCGAGGAUAUUACUUGAUUUUGUGUAUUGUUUUACCUAAAGCAAAACUUGAAAGUUUGAGAUAGACAAAAAUGUACGAGAGUUGACAAAAACGCACGUUGUCCCAUGUGAAUUUAGUUAAAAGUGUUCUACUGGCUUCCCUCAGGGCGCUGAUCACUUGACUGUCACGUGGAAGGUCGACGAAGGAGUUUACCAGCAUGUUGAUGUGCGCGAGGAAGGAAAAGAAAACGCGUUCAGUCUUGGCCGUUCACUGUGGAUUGACAGCGAGGUAUGUAUGCGAAGACGUCAACUUGCUCGACAUUCCUGAUUUGAACAAAUACAGAUAAAAUUUCAGGGUGUGUUUGGCAUAUGAAGAUGAAUUAAAUUGUGCUUUUGUUUAUAUUGUUUGGAUGUGUUUUGACUUAAAUCAAACAUAUUUGGUCAUGAGGCGUAAAGAGGAAUUGAAAGUUGUUGUUUCAAAGCUUUUCAGAAUUCACCAUAAUUUUGCAUGAUAUUUUAAGGAGUAAGCUUUCCACUUUGCAUGAGUUCCUUUAUGUAGAAUGUGCUGUGGGUUAAACGCAGUGUUAACUUCGGUAGAUUCUUUCAAAAAUUUAGUAGCCGAGGACCUUUUCUAAGAAACCAUUAAUCUGUUCAAAACUUGGUUGGUGGAAUCUGUUAGCGAGCAGGCUUUUAUUAGUCGCGCUGCAGGACACGCGUGUCUUCGCCCGCGAAUGAGUUUGAGGCCUUAAGGAAUCCUACCUAGUGAAACGUUUGCAAGUCGUGUGGCACUGAUAUUAGUAGCAGACCCCUGGCAAAGCUUUCCCCGAGUCGUCUCAAAUCUUCCCGUGGGCUGAUAACGCUCCUGGUGCAGUGCUAGUAAUGCCGGCCAGCUCGUAGACUAAAUCCAACAAAAGUAAGUGAAUAUUCUUGACGUGAUAGGAAUUUGAAGAUCUGGACGAGAUCAUUGCACGGCAUGUUCAGCCGAUGGCUUCAUUUGCGCGAGAGAUUCUUAACCACAAGAACUACAGAGCGGUGGACGGAGUAAAGUCAAAAUUGGAAGAAAUUCUGCAAGUGGAGAAACGGAAGGCUCCACAAAGGAUCCCCUACCUUAUGAGUACAACUAAGGAGUUCCCUGGGAAGUUCUUCUUGGGGUAUCUUCCUCGGGUUAAGCCACGGAUAGAGUAUAUCAGUGUCACCCCCGACGGUUUCAGGUACCGAGGAAGAGUUCACGCCACGUUGAAUGGCUUGUUUAGAUGGUUCAAAGAGCACUUCAGGGACCCCAUACCUGGUAGGUACCCGCUUGCCGGUCAUUCUAUCUGUCUGUCUGUCUGCCUGUCCAUCUGCCUCUGUCUUUCCGUCUGUCUGGCUGUCUAUCAAUCUGUCUUUCCAUCCGUCUAUCUGGUUUUCCGUAUGUCUGUCUGUCUAUCUAUCCGUCCGUCUGUAGCUGUCUGUCCCGCUUGUCUGUCUUUCUGUCUCAUGUCUGCCUGCCUGCUUGUCUCUCUUCUUGUAUUUCGAACCGAAAUAAAGAUAACUCAGACUAAAAGCGACCAAACUGUGUGUGGCGCGGGAAAACGUAGCAACCAAGUUGUGAGUGGAAUUUGUUAAGGAAGUUACGAUGAGGAAUCUUUUUAGGUCAAUUUAAUUGCCAAGUAGAGCAAAGCAAAGCAAAGCAAUCCUUGAGUACUUUCGACAAUUGAUCCAAAAUUGCCUUGUUAUGUCCUGUCGCCCUUGAGGUUAUAUCAUGCUUGUGUGUAUAAGCAGUUAAUUCUUUGUUGCAGGUACUCCCCGGCACAGAAUGCCAGUCACCAUGUCCGAAGGCAAUACCCCUUAUACCCCAGGAGGUACUCCCUCCAUUAAUUCUGAUGUGGAUCCCGCUCGACUGUUACCUCAGCUCCAGCAACACUUCCCCAGGGGAAUCAACGACCCUAAGGUUUACUCUGCGCUGGCGGCUGUCGCCAGGCAACAACAAGACUCUCAGAAAAAGACCCCCACACAGCUCACGCCUGCGCAGUGGGGUGCAGCCGCAGCCCAGCAUAUACAGCGUCAGAAGAAACAACGGUCAUCGCAGCAUCAGUCAACGCCGACACAGCAAACCCCCACACAACAAACGCCAACUCAACAGGGAUACCAACAAUUUCCGCAAUACGGCUACUAUCAACAGCAUCAAGAUCAAACUCAAGCCCAGACUCCCACCACUUACGGAUACCAGCAGACAUAUUCCGGGAGCAAGUCGGCUGGGAAGGAAAGUAGUAAGAGUCGAUAGCCUAACGUCGGCAGCCACCCAUUCCCCCUGUAUACUCGGAUUCAAGUCUUUAUUAAGUCAGUUCUCCUCUGUUAUUUAAAACAUGUUAUCUCUGUGCAAAGAAAACUUUAACUAAAUCUUUGUUUAGUUUUGCGAGCGUAAUUUGUGUUAGUAAGCGAUGGCAUGAAAUUUAUGUUUGGUGUUAUAAUUAUUCGUGAGUUUUUUUUUCUUCUUGUUUUUGCUGAUGUUCGCUUAAUGUUAUGCUCUAAUUAACAAUGACAGAUUAUUGGCUAUAGAAA